AUGGACUCGGUUACUGCAUCGAAAUCUAGGUUAGAAUUUGCCAAAAUUUGUGUCGAGAUUGGAGUAAAGGAUGUAAUCCCUAAAACUAUAAAAGUAAUUCUUGCUAAUGGGCAGUCUACUACAGUCUUUGUUGAAGUUCCUUGGCUUCCUCAUAGCUGUCUAAAAUGUAACAAGUUUUGUCAUUCUGAUAAAGCUUGUUUAACUUCAAAAGACCCAGCUCCUGCUAAUUUACAAAUCUGGAGGAAAAAGGAAACUACUGUUGUGCAAAACAAUCCUUCAAGUUUAUCUAGUUCCCAAGUUCCUCAUUCUACUGAUCAGGCUGAAUCUGUUCCAAUCUCUAAUGAGAUCAUUAAAACUUCAUCAAUGACCCCAUAUGAUUCUACUGCCAAAGUUGACAUACUUUGCUCUCCUCCAGUUCCAAAUGAAGUUUGCAAUUCUCCUUUACUUUCUGUGCCUCAAAAUGUCACUACUGUCCUUGACCAUAUUGCCUCAAAUAAUUCCAAUCUUUUUCCUAUCUCUAAUGAGGACGGUGAAUCCUCUCCUUCCUUAGAGAAUAUCACUAAAAAGCCUAGAUCUGCUUCUUUGGGAGUGGCACUGCUAAUUAAAGAUCUCAAAUCGAAAAGGAAUGAAUACCUUGACAAGUCUAAAUGUGUCACUGAUAAAGGCUUGGACUUUACCCUCUAUCAAACUACUGCCCAAAGUAUCACUGCUAAAGUUCUUAGAAAUGGAAUUCCUUUUUUUAUCUCUGUCAUCUAUGGCAGCAACGAUGGUACUCAAAGGAAGCAUCUUUGGAAUCACUUAAAAGACCUUGACUCUAGUAUUGGCUCUUUCCCUUGGAUCUUAAGGGGUGACUUUAAUAUCUUUCUCCACUCAUUUGAAAGCUCUGACCAUGACAUAUUGGGUUCUUAUACUUCCAAUGAAAUGAAGGAUUUCCAAGACACUAUACAUGACCUUCUCCUUCAGGAUCACCCUUUAUUUGGUCCAACUUUCACUUGGAGCAAUAAACAAAAAGAUUCAUAUCUUGUUAGGAAACUAGAUAGAGUUCUUGUAAAUUCUCAUUGGGUCAGCUCCUUUCAAAAUUCCUUUGUGGAAUUUCUUGCUCCAGGGCCCUCAGACCACUGUAUGACUAUUGGUUGGCUCAACAAAGACUCACAUGCUAAUAGGCCCAAACCUUUCAAAUUUUUUAACUUCUGGACCAAGAACCCUAACUUCCUUACUGAAGUUCAAAAUUCUUGGCAGCAUCCAAUGAAAGGAAAUCCAAUGUUGUCUCUCUUUCUUAAACUUAAGAGUCUUAAGACUUGCUUGAGGAACUUAAACAAGGACUGUUAUAGCAACAUCUCUAAUAGGGUCAAGCAAAAGAAAACAGAACUUGAACAAAUUCAGCUCUCUACCCUUAACAGAACAUCUUCUAUUGAUUCUGAGCUUAUUAUUCAGAGCGAGCUAUCUUCUCUUGAGCAUGCUGAAAAUAUGUUGUUAAAACAGAAGGCUAAAAUCCAAUGGCUCAAGGAGGGUGACAAAUGUUCUAAGUAUUUUCACUCUGUAAUUGCUUUCAAGAAUAAGAGAGAAACAAUUAGAUUCCUUCUGAAUGAUCAGGGAAGUAGACUAGAGGACUUCGACGAUAUGAUAUCUGAAGUUAUCCAAUUUUUUAAAAAUCAGCUGGGGAAAGCUGAUUCGAAUGUUAAAAGUAGUGAUCAUAAUGUUCUGAAAAAUAUGCUUCAUCUCAACCUGUCUCCUGAGGCUCUAGCAUAUUUGGAAAAAAACAUCACUGAAGAGGAGAUUAAGGAUGCAAUUUUCAGCCAAGGUUAUGAUAAGACCUCUUCUAUAUUACCAACUUUUAAUUCCACUAUAAUUGCUCUGGUUCCUAAGAUCACUAAUCCUAGUAAGGUCAAAGACUAUAGACCCAUAUCUUGUUGCUCUGUGGUCUAUAAGGAUCUUGUUAAAGGCUAUGGUAGAAAUUCCAUUUCUCCAAGGUGUGCUAUCAAGAUUGAUCUUCAAAAGGCUUUUGAUUCUCUAGACUGGGGUUUCCUCUCUUCCAUUCUCAAAGUUAUUGAUCUGCCCCCUCAAUUCAUUACUUGGAUUGAAGCUUGUUAUUCUGGAGCAAGAUAUUCAAUCUCUUUCAAUGGUUCUUUGAUUGGAUAUUUCAAAGGUGAAAGAGGUCUUAGAUAG